GAUUAUUUGGCAUUCAUGGUGUCAUCAAAACGCACUGUCUCCGCGUUACAUAAUUGAAAGACCGACAUAUGGCUUCCUUAGAAAAUCAUCGUAUACAUCAAAGUGAUGAGAUUUCUAGCUUGGUAGAAUGGUUAGAGGAAUGUACGUUGACUUAUGAUGUUGUUACGCCUGGUAUAUCUGAGAACAGUACGAGUCAAGGAAAAAAAUCAUCCAAUAUGGAGGUAACUUUGUAAUAAUGUUUGCAUGAUACAUAGCUUAAUUUAAUUCGUUUUAGACAAAUUAAAGCCUGUAAUUCCAACUAGAUGAUUCAAAUGAAAAUUGUCAAAAAUAUUGACUUAACUCAAAAUUCGAGUCAAACCCUUGCAAGUAUUAAAUGAAUUAUUUUCAAUAUAUAUAUAUAUAGACAUGACGUGUGCCGUUUCCUAUAUAUAGGAAAUUAUAAGAGACGUUGAGAUAAGUGCUACAGUAGCUCGUCCGUAUCUGGAAUCCAGAUGUAACAUCACCGCGUCUUUUAUUUAGAAAGUUACAGAGAAUGAAAACAAACAUGGACAAAAUGAUGAACAAAGAAAUGAAG